AUGAUGCCGCCGGACGGGCAGCAGGAGCUCGGGGCCGAGUGGCUCAGCGUCAUCGAGCGCCAGCAGCAGGAGAUCGAGCUACUGCGGCAGGAGCUGGAGGCAGCCGCAGCCUCGGGCCACGAGGGCGCUCUGUCGCCGCUGCGCUGCUCUGCGUCGAGACGCGGCAGCGACGCCAGCAUCGCGAGCAGCGUGUCGUCGCUGGCCUUCUCCGUCCUGUCCACGAGGGACACCCUGCCCAUGGACAGCAAGCGGUACGCUCAGAUCUGCGAGAAGAUGGAGCGCUUGCGAGCGGCGCUGGCCCGGAAAGACGCCAGGCUCCAGAAGGCGCGCGCGCAGUGCAGCGAGGGACAAAAGACGGCGGCGCGUCUCCGAGACGCCGUGGCGAAUGCGCGGGCGGAGAUGGAGACGCAGCGCGCGCUAUUCACACAAAAGCUCGCUGUCUCGCAGGAGGCAGUGGACAAUGCGGUCGAAAAGGCCGCGCAGGCUCUCAUCCAGAACGACGGUGUGAAAGCGGAGUUGAGCCAGGGGAAAGAGCUUGAAGCCGAGCUGCAGGGGCAGAUCCGUGUGCGCAGCAAUGCGUUGCAAGCAGCUGAAGCUGCCAAAGAGGAGCUUCAGAAGGAGCUUAACCGAGCUCAACUGGAAGCGUCUCGACAGACAGCGGAAGUCCGAGCGCUUCAGAGCGAAAAGAACGCUCUGAAGAGCAAACUUGAGGCCAUUCAGCAAGAGUUGACUGCGAAACGACAACACGAUUCCGAGUGGAGCGAACUCGGCAAACAGAGACAGACACUGCAGCAGCGUGUCAAUGAGCUAGAAUCUACCGUCCAGCAGCAGACCGUGCAGUUGGAGCAACAAGCUGGAACAAUUGAGCAGCAGAACCAGUACAUCCAGCGCCUCGAAGAGGAGCAGGCUCUCGCACAGCGAGCUUCUGCCGUUGAGCGUGCUGAAGAUCAAAUGCAUGCUCAGCACUUAUUGAAGAACAACAUUUCGCUGCAGUAUCAGCUGCAGUGCGAGCAAGCAAGGAGUCACAAACUCGACGAACAGGUACGAGAAUUGUCCGAGACGUCGCAGCUGCUCGCCGAAGACAUGCUUCAGAUGAAGCUCAAGCUCGCAGGACGAGAUCAAAUGCUACUGAAACGUGGUCAAAAGUAUGCGGAGCUUGCUCAUGCUUACCGUGUACUGAGCCGGCACGCCCAAGCGAUAGAACUAUCCGAGCGCGAGCUUGUUUCAGUGCUCAUUCCGACCAAGAAGCGACUGGCACUUCUCCAAGACACGCUAACAAGGUUCUGCUUCGAGCUGGAGGGGAUAAGCAAGCAAAUGGUGGCGAGUCGCAGUCGGUUAGUGCACCUAGAUCACCGAUUGCUGAUGAAUUUGUGA